UACCCCGGAAGCUCGAUUUCUGUAGUGAAGUGGCCCCAUAUCGGUUUGCUGUGGCAGUGCCAGCUAUGCUGAGCCCUGGAGCCCUUGGGGGCCUACUCCUAGCGGUCAGCAUUGGCUCCAUCUGGGCAGCGUCGUUCGAUGUGAUGUUCGAAAAAUUCGAACAACACAAUGGAACGGAAAUGGCCAACAUAAAGUUGCGCGUCCGGAAGUACAACAGAACCAUAUCGGUGCUGGCCGGAAAUGUUGAUCUCAAAGUGGUGGCGGACAACACCUUGGAGGUAGGCAUCCGGUGCGCCUACAGCUCCAAGGGCAAUAGCCAGUUCAACGAAUACCCGAUGAAGAUUGCCCGGACAAAAAUAUGCGAUUUCGUUAACAACGAUUGGCGCGAUUAUUAUCCGUACUUCGAGAACUCAUCGAAUCUACCCAAGGUGGGAGAGUGUCCGGUGGAGCCCAAGGAAUUCUACUUCAACGAUAUGGUUCUGGAUGCGAACAUGUUUCCGCCCUAUCUACCACAUGGUUUGUGGCGGUUGUCCAUCUCCAUAACUAGCCCAGGGGAUGAUAUUCCGAUGAUGUUUUAUCAAGUGUAUUUUAAGGUGGCGGCUGUGGGAAUUUUUUAAGUGUUUCAAGCUAUGGGAAACUUGAAGGGUUGGUAGUUGGGGCGAAAAGGUGCACAGUUGACUGGAUUAUAAUAGAGAGUAAAUGCAUACAAUAAAUAUGGGUUUCAGGGUUAAUCUAUGGGUGAAGGGCAGAUAGCAAAUAUAUUUAAUUGAUGGUGAAGGAGCAUUGUUAGGUAA